AUGCCUCUGGAGGUGCUUGUGGAGUUGCAGAUCCGGGCGGUUUCUUGCCCAGGGGUAUUCCUGCCAAGCAAGCAAGAUGUGUACCUUGGGAUUUACUUUCUGAAUCGGUACCUGGAGACAGACUGCUUCCCCCCUGUGUUUCCUAUCAUGAUUCAUCAGAACAUGAGGUUUGAAAAGGUAUUUAAAAAUGCAAUAGACCCUGGAGCAGUGGCAGACAUUUUAGAAGUGUGGGAGAAGUUGGCCUACUAUGAAGAAAACACAAGGGAUUUUCUUUUCCCGGAGCCCAAGCUGACCCCCUCACACCCCAGCUUGUAUCGGGAGGUGCUCAUGAGGACGACUGUAGGCUUUCCGGGCAUUGCUCCCAAAUUAGAGUUUUCUACAAGGACAGCCAUCAGAGAACGUGUGUGUCUGUAUAGAAACAGAUUUCCUGAAGACAGACAUAAACCACAGAGGCCCUUAUUUAUGUCACCGGGACCAGUUUCCCCCCUAAACAGCAUAAAGAUCAAACCCAGGGGAAGUCAUCUGGACAGGACGUCCAGACAACUCCAGUCCCGGUCGCCCUCCCCGCUCCCCACCAGGCCUCUCUUCCAGGACCAGCCAACGCACUUGAACUUUGGAAAUCGUUACAAAAUUGCCAGAGAAAUCAAACCUCCAUUUGUAGUUAGACACGUGGACAGUGCCAAGCCUUUUGGUGAGGCAACUUCAGAGCAUCGUCCCCGAAAAUCUAGAAGAAAGUGCAAGUUGUCAAACUUUCCAUUUCCAAUGCGAAGAGCUUCUUCUCUUGACAGGCUUGCAGCUAACGUCAAGGUUAUCAAAGAGCCAGAUGAGCGGAUUGUCAUCAGGAAUGACCCCCCAUCACCCCGAGAUUCAAGUAAGUUUGGAAAGUCCUUGCCCAGUUCCAGAAACCCAGGGGAUGCUGAUUUCCACCGGGAAACUUCACUGGCCACCUCUCGGCACUCCAGGUCCCCCAGCCCGCUUCUCCAAGACAGCUUUCACUCCACGUGGAAGAAGAUCCAUGAGCGAGUUUGCAGUCUUCUGACAUUCCACGGAGUUCAGCAGCCAAACCCAACCCAGGAAGAUUCGACCUCUGAAGUAAAUUCUCACCUUCAUAGGCAAGCCUAUCCCCUGAAGAAAUACCCACUACAUAAGAAGAGCUAUUUUAAGUCACUGUCUUUUGCAGAGGUCAACAGUUGCACCUUUGAUGGUGGACUGUACGCUUUUAAGACCGCAGUCACCUCUCACCAACGUAGGAUGUAG